UCAGCUUGUUUUUAAGUAACAGACAAAUUCCCUUAAAGCAAGGAGCAAAUUCAGCAUAUUAUUCUUUAAUCUGCUUCAGUCAUACAGUCUAAAUUAGAUAAAUUUAUAUCAUUUUUCUUCUUUAAAAGGCCUCUCCUCAACCUCUCCAACUCCUCUUCUACUUUGAAAGCUCCUUCAAAGACUCAGUAAUGGAGGUAGACUCAGUAAACUGCGAGUGCUGUGGUUUAAGAGAAGAGUGUACAGAGGAAUACAUAAGCCAGGUGAAGGCAAAUUUUGAAGGAAAAUGGCUUUGUGGUCUGUGCUCUGAAGCAGUGAGAGAUGAGAUCAAGAAUGGAUGGAAGAAGGAAUACAAUGGAACUGAGGCUGCUUUGAAGGCUCAUAUGUCAUUCUGUAGUAAAUAUAAGACGAACCCAGCAAUUCUGGUUGCAGAUGGUAUGAGGCUGAUGCUGAGAAGGAGGUCAAGGGAUCUCUCGGCUUCCACGGCGACUUCUGUUUCACCGUCGUCGUCGAAGAAGAAGUAGGAGAGGUCUUUAUCUCUUUACUCUUCUUGCAGAUUGUUUCACAGGAGAGGUUGCUUUGAUUUGGAAUAAUGUUAAGAGUGUUUAACUUAAGCUAUGUAUUUUUUUGAAUUCAAUACUUCAUUAAGUUGCUAUUGCUAUGUACAGAGAAGAAACGAGAUUAAGUUUAAGUACUUAUGAGUUACAAUCCUUAGAAUCCAAGCUUGGCUAGUUUUCUCAUCUUUAGUUUUUGGCUUAGAGAAGGAAG